UAUAGGUUCAACGUCAUUUUCAUCCAUUCAGCAUCCAUGGCUUUAGAUCUCAACAAAUCACCACCACAUGAUGAAGAGCUUUUACCAGACCUCAACAAUCCAGUUGAUGAUGAAGAGCUUUUGCAAGAGGAUCAUGAUCUUGAUGGAGCUGAGUUUGCUGGCAGGCAACAACUCAUCAGUCCAGUUAAAGGUGGAGAGGCCUUACCAGAUCUCAAUGAGCGGCCUGCAAAUGUGGAAGAAUUUUAUCGAAUCCAAGAGGCACAAGGAAUCAGCUUAGGCAAUGAUGGUUACUUCGAGGCCCCGGAGCAGGAGCUGCAUGAGUAUGGCACACAUGUUGCGGAUGUAGAGAUCGUAUUUGACGAAGAGGAGUUGGAGGAUUCACCCAACGAAGAAGAUGAACAUGCAAAUGGAAGUGCUAGAACUCGGUCAAAAGAUCUUAGUGCCACUCAAAGACAACAGAUAUACGAAGCUUUGCUAGUGAGAAGUAACCAUGGAAAACUAAGGAGAAACGCUACAAAAAUAGUUGCUGAAUUGUUCAAUGUCAACCGUCAUGCAGUAUGGCGUAUUUGGCGACGAGUGAAGCAAUGCCGUGCAAAUGGAUUACCAGUUGAUAUUAGCUCAAGAAAGCCUAAGAAUAGUGGCCGUAAAAAGGUUGAGGUGGAUCUGUCCCACAUAGCAGCAAUUCCUUUAUGCAAAAGGAAUACCAUAAGGUCUUUAGCUAAAGCUGCAGGUAUAAAAAAAUCGACAAUGCAUCAGCUGUUCAAAGAUGGGUUACUAAGACGGCACUCGAACACAUUAAAGCCUUAUUUGAAGGAAGAAAAUAAAAAACAAAGGUUGAGGUGGUGUCUUUCUAUGUUAGAUCAGCGCACAUUACAAACUGAACCAAAGUUUAUUGACAUGGAAAACAUCAUCCACCUAGAUGAGAAGUGGUACAAUGGCACAAAGAAGGAUAACACUUACUACCUGCUUGCACAAGAGGAGGAUCCAUAUAGGACUGUCCACAACACAAAUUGCAUUCAUAAGGUGAUGUUCUUAACUGCAGUAACCAAGCCUAGGUAUGAUAAUGCAGGCAACUGCACAUUUGAUGGAAAGAUAGGCAUAUGGCCUUUUGUCCGAAAGGAACCAGCACAAAGGAGAAGUGGUAACAGAGCAAGGGGCACACUAGUCACCAAGACAAUGAAGGUUGACAGAGAUACAAUACGGUCCUAUAUGAUCAGUAAAGUGCUGCCUGCUAUUGUUGCUUGUUGGCCAAAAGAAGAUGCAGGGAAAACAAUUUGGAUUCAGCAGGACAAUGCACGAACUCAUGUUCUAGUUAAUGAUGAACAAUUUGCACGUGCAGUAGCCCAAACCGGGCUUGACAUCCGCCUCAUGAACCAACCUGCUAAUUCCCCUGAUAUGAAUGUUCUAGACCUCGGGUUUUUUGCUUCUCUUCAGUCGUUCACAUAUACGACAACCUCUACAAAUAUAGAUGAGUUAAUUGCAAAUGUUGAGAAAGCAUAUUGGGACUAUGAUGCAUCCAAUCUCAGAAAUGUUUUCCUCACACUACAGGGUUGCUUGAUUGAGAUUAUGAAGGCUGGUGGAGGGAACAAGUACAAGAUUCCUCACAUGAACAAAGAAAGGUUGGAGGCCAUGGGCAGUCUUCCUAAGAGCUUAAAUUGUGACCUUCAACUUAUUGAGAGUGUGAAGGAGUCCCUGGGUGUCUAAUUGCAUUGGGUGCUACCGGUUUAGAACACCACUCAAUGUAUGUAUAUGAACGUACAUGUACAUGUGUAUAUAUGUGUGUAUAUGAACAUAGUUUUCUCACUGUAUGGUACUAUGAUGCUCCAUGUACUGCUAAUGUGAUGCAUCUUAC